CGACAUUUUUUGGUCUCACCCUAAUUAUGUCCUUUCGUGAGAUAAAUCCCCCCUCGAGAUAAAACAGCUUUAUCUUUCAUCAUUGCACAUGGCCGGUCAGGGUGGGGGAAGAUGUCGUUCCGUGUUUUUAACCGUCAAGAUCACCUACUACCGCGGCAAAGAAAAGAUUGUUGCUCCUGAUAACCUCGAGAUUGCUUGUCAAGUUGCCCGAGAGGACUCGAAGACCCUCAGUCUUCCACCGCCUUCGUAUAGUAGCGUUUAUGUCACUGGCCCUGGUGUCGCGGAGUUCCGCUGGUCGAGCUAUGUGGACAGUGAUUUGCACAAAAUUUUGAGGCGAAGAAUCAAUGGAGAUCUUUUGAUUCCUAAUUCAGUACUCAACAAAGCAUCUAUCAAGAGCAUCGAACUUUAUGAAGAAAUCGACGGAACAAGGCCGGAUGCAGACGGAUACAACGAAUCCCAUCCUGCCGCUCCAUAUCAGGUCACGGUACAGGGAAAUGGACUAAAUCAUCCCGAUCCGAGGACAGGAAAUCAGGCAGCUCCUUCUAUUAGUCAGGGAUUUGUCCUCGCGGUACCAGUACGUCAGCAAUCAUCUUUUCCUCAGCAACAUCAAGUCCGGCCAGCCGCAGCUUCUACAUUUCCCGACCGGCUUUCUGGCAUCUUGAACAGGGGCAGAGAAGCUCUUAAAGCUCUUGAUCGAGUAACAAUGACAUCUACGGCUUCACCAAUGGUCUCCACAGAAUCCAGGCACGAAAAUAAUCUUAUCACAAAUACGAAUGCAAUAGCUUCAGCUCUACCUCCCGUAGAUCCACUGGAGUCAGUAAGGAUCUCUCAAUCUAUCGAAUCUGGAAGUUUCUCUGCUGUAGAAAAUCGCGAUGGUGAUGUUUCCUCCGACACUGCAAUAGCAGAAACAUCGGGGGUGGGCGACGCCGGUAUGAAUGUCGUCGUUUCAUCUUCUUUGAGCGAUGAGGAAGAGGACUCCAUUGCAAAGGUGAUAGAAGAUUUAUUUGGGGAGGAGGCUUCCGAGCCAGAUUCAAGACAUGCAACCCCCAGUCUUCUUAAUUUGCACGAAGCGUUUCCUCUGCACAUGUCCCCCCUUCCAUCUGUAUCGAAUGCCGAGACAAAGAAAGAUUCCAAUGACCGUGCACGGACCGGCUCUCCGUCUAACCAUUCCAUUGGGUCAACGCCUCCAUGUAACCGUUCUGCCUCUAUCCGUUUCACCCCGCCUCCCCCACGCGCCUCCUCUCACGAUCAACAUUCCAUUCGGUCUACGCCACCGCGCAGUCCCUCACCCCACCCUCAGCCUGUAUCAAUUGAGGAGAAGCCAUCGCCAGUAUCUCCACCUGUCAAGACAUCCGUGCACACGAAGACUUCUCCCGUAUUCCUUGCUUCAAGUCCACCUCCAGGACUGAAUUAUGAAGAACGCGGCGAUGAAGACGGGAACGUGUUCAACCAAGGUAACGUAGAGGAGGUAUCAAUGAACCUGGAAACCCCGAGCACACUAGCAUUACGAACACCACCUGUCAAUGCUGUGACUGGCAAGCGAUCUACAAGUUUACGUUCCGUUUCUCCUCCCCCUCCAGCCAAAAGAGUAAUGCGAGGUGCUAGCCCCUCUGACAAACGAGCUGAAUCCGAGGCAUUGAGAGAAUACAAUGAACGAUCUGAAGAACUCUUUACCAUGGUCACCAACCUAACCAAACAAGAAGAAUCACUGAGACGCUUAGGUGUUCCUCUUCCCGAACGCGAUCCCACUGCAGAUAAUUUUGUGAUGCGAGUCCAACUGAGAAAAGUGGAAGCGGAGCUGGAAGCUGAACGUAUGCGAAGUCGGGAACUUGAAUUAAAUUUGAGUGACAUUAGGCGGGAGUGCAAACAGCCAUUCUUCGUUCCUUCGUUGUUCGACGCUUUUCUUCAAAUUUCGAAGCUUACCACAGCGGCUACUGAACAUAUUCCAUGACAUGUCAUUAAUGAACUUCAAGGUCAUUUCUUCUGUUUUGUGACAAUUAUUAUAUGCUUUGUUGUAUUACUGUAGCAACUUGUAGCUAUAUGAAUAAUUUCGAAGUGAGUACACGCUCGUUCAGCCGAAAUUUUGUACCCUAUUGUAUUUAAUAUUAAAUUAGAAUUAAUUACUCCAAUAGUUUCUUUCCCCUUA